UUCAAUCAUGUUGCAAUCAACUUUUGCCCUUUUCACUUUAGUCUUAGCAUCAAGUUCAGCAUUGAUUCGCGCACAAGAAAAGCCAACAUUCAACAUUACAAAUUUACCCGAUAAAUGGGAAGACGGUCAAUACGGUUCAAAUCAAUGCGGUAAAUGGAAACCACAUUCACAAAGAAGUCGUUGUCAAAACGUUUACGUGAAUUCCGUUCAAGAUUUUUGUUUAUGGGGUCCACCACGUGGACAAGAAGAAAUUGGUGAAGUUGAAGAUAGAACGGUUUCUUAUUGUACGAAAAGUGGUUAUGGAACAAGAAUUUUUCCUCCUGGAACACUUAAAGGUGCACACUUUAUCAAAACGAAAGAUUUUGUUCAAGUUACCGGUUAUGGUGAUUUUACCUCCAUUCAUGUCAAAGCUGGUGAUGAAGGAGGUGAAUUAGACGCCCAUGGUGCUGAUGGACGUGGAAAUCCUCAUGGCGGUUUGGUAUUCACCCGAAAUGCAAAAGGUUAUGAAGGUAAAUGGAUUCAAAGCAAAGAAUGGUCAAAUUUCAUGAGCGCCACGGAAUUUUCCAUUCGAGCAUGUUAUGGUGGAAACGCCACGAAUUAUUGCCCUCACAUUUUAGAUACGACGGGCAGUCGCUUUAACCAUCCGGGAAAUUAUGAUCUUGGCUAUUACGAUAACUGUGAAGCUGAAUCAGGUCAAUUCCCUUUGAUCUAUAACGGUAAACCGUUCCAACAAGGUGACAAGCCAAUCCCAAAAGCACACAAGCCCGGCAGAAGAUUCAACUGUCGUAGAGUUAGCCCGCCAAAGAGCUUACCUGCACGCAAAUUCCCUUAUCGCCGCUCGAUGGACGAUGACGAGACAGAAUUUGAAGAUGCUGAAUAAUAUUAAAUUGGACAAUGCCUCUUUCCUCUUUCACUCACCGUACAUACUUCUUGUUCACCUUUUUCUCUUUAGCGUUACCCCUUUUUUCCUUAUCCACACUCUUUCUUAUGCUACUUUGCCACUAUUAUUCUGCCUUUUCUUCAAUUUGAC